UUUUCCUUGGCUAUGGAUCUUGUGAUUGUCCGUAGGUGGUAGACGGUCUCUGACUGUCGAACGCGGAGGUACCACCUGGCGGAUCUCGUAGGCGGAGCUAGAAUGUGUGCAUGUUGCAUGCACACGUGUUCCCUCGCCAAAGUCCGUGUGGCGUUCCUCAUUUCCCAUGUAUCCCCCUAUAGCCCCACGGUACCAAAUGGGUGCUUAGGCCUUAGGCCUUCGUGGUAGUUGGAGUAUAAAAAAAAAACAUG